AUGGCGGAAGGAUUGGAAGCAUUUGCGCGAGAUAUUGGACAUGCAACGGCCUUACUCGUCGGCAUCGGUGUUAUCGGAAUCGUUGGUAAUUUGAAUAUACUUUGGGCAACCUGUAGAAAACGGUAGGCGAUUUUACUUUGACUAGGAAGAGAAAAAACGUCCUAGAUAGCAAGCCUUUCACUAGGCGUUUACCAGUCCGUUUGCCAAGUAUAGCUCUACGAUGGGGGGACCUGAUCCAGUAGCAAAAAACGUUCCAUUUUGCAUCUAGGAAGUAUAAAAAAGUGUGGCAAAAUACCUCCCUCUCCAAGUGAAAAAACUCCGAUUUCAAAAGCGCGCCCGCUCUUUUUGUAAGGAAAAAGGCGCCCCCUUCAAAACGAAGUUUUUUUCACUUGGAGAAGGAAGCAUUUUGCUACAUUUUUUGAUACUUACCGUAUGCAAAAUGAUACGUUCUUUGCCACUGGAUCAGGUCUCUCACUGUAAACCAACACUUUUUACAUAUAAAAUUUUAGUUCACUCCGCUCAACAUGCAACAUUUUUAUUGCCAUCGCAGCAUUGGCCGACGUUUUCCAACAAUUUGGAAACCUAGCCAUGGGUUGCACCGUAUUCUCCGGCAACGUGCUUAUUCCGGUGGAAACCUGCUUCAAGCUGCAAGUUAUGUCGACUUUUGGUUGCACAGUCUCCUCGUUCAUGCUGUUCAUGACGGCUGUCGACCGGAUGGUCUGUGUGGUGUUUCCCAGACACUACAAACUCUCUUGCAACUCGAUAAUCUUGCCUAUUGGAGUUAUUGUAUCGCUGUCAGUUGCUUCACUCUUCUCCGUAACGUCCUAUUUUUUGAUGGAUCCGGGUUUCCGUAUUUGCGGCGCUCUCAUGGAUCUGCCGUGGACGCUAGCGCCCUACUUUUUCGUGCUCACCGUCUCGCUCAUCUGCUCCACAGUUGUCCUGUAUGCAAUUGUUUGGAUUGCGGUCCGAAGGAGAAAUUACAAGCAGUCGAAGCAGAUGCUGAAAUCCAUUACGGCAGUGAGUAUUUGCAUUUGCGGCGGAUGGCUGGCGACGAUGGGCUUGGGCCUCCUCUUCAACACAUUCCAUCUGUCCAGCAGCUACGCAACAGCCCUAUACAUAGGAGCUUUGCUCAACAUUUCGAUCAGCCUUAACUGCCCGUUAUUGUAUUUUAUGAGGUAGGAAAUGGGAUACAAACAAAAUUAUGACUGUGCCAUUUUAGUCAUGACUACAAGUUGGCGUUCAAGGAACAGUUUCGGUUGUUGACAUGCAAUGCGACGUUCGUAAUUACAAAGACAAGGGAGUCUCAAGUAACCGCUUACAGUGGACGAUAG